AUGUCUUUCGACCGCCUGAGCUCUCUAGAGGCCCAGCCUUCUGUAAGCCGAUCUGAAGAUCCGCAAUAUAGCGAUGACCCCGAGUUCGACCGUCUCACCGAAAGCCUCUCCAACAAGCUGUUCGGUCUAACGUCUAGCAUCACCCGGUUGUCGGAUCAGAUCGCUCUUCUAGGGACAAGGCGAGAUACUGAGCGGGUUCGCGAGCGAGUGCAUAACCUCCUGGAGCAAGCGCGCGGGGGAUUUAAGGAGGUGGGAGAGGGGAUUAAGAAAGUUCAAACAUGGCAGGACGUAAAUCCCUCCCAGAAGUGGACACAGCAGAAGCUGUCCUCCGAGUUCAAAGCUACUCUGGAGGAGUUCCAAACCGUGCAGCGUCGUGCUCUGGAGAAACAGCGAGCCUCGGCAGUAGCUGCGCGUGCCGCCGUGGAAGAGGGUGAGCUCCCUUCGGCAGAAGUAGGUACGGAGCAACAACAGCAAAUACAACAACUGGAACAACAACCUCGGCUUGCGAAUCAAGAUGAAGUGGAUUUCCAGGAAUCGCUGAUUAUCGAACGCGAGGCGGAGAUUCGCAAUAUUGAGCAAAGCGUAGGCGAACUCAAUGAGCUCUUCCGUGACGUCGCUCAUAUCGUUCACGAGCAAGGAGGACAGCUGGACAUCAUCAGCGAGAAUGUCGAGCGAGUCACUACUGACACUCGCGGCGCCAAUGUUGAACUACGUGGGGCAAGCCGGCAUCAGAAGAACGCACGGAACAAGGCUUGUUGUUUGCUUGUCAUUCUUGCAGUCAUCCUUCUGAUUAUCGUGCUGGCUGCCACUCUCGGAUAA